AUGUCAGACACAGCCUUGGAUACCAGGUCCGAAAUCACCACCAAGGACUUAAAGGAGAUGGUGGAGAACGGAAGAGAUGCACCUGCUAACGGGAAUGCUAACAAAGAAAACGGGGAACAGGAGACUGACAAUGAGGCAGAUGAAGAAGGUGAGGAGGGAGAGGAGGUAGAAGGAGAUGGUGAGGAAGAGGGUGGAGAUGAAGAUGAGGAGGCUGAGGCUGCUACAGGCAAAUGGGCAGCUGAAGAUGAUGAGGAUGAUGAUGAUGUGGACACCAAGAAGCAGAAGACCGAUGAGAAUAACUAG